GUCAGCUACACUGCGCAGAGGGGUCUCGUCUGUCUUCAAGGGAUGACAGUCGAGCUCAGACGUCCCUCAAAUGAAUCUGCUCUUUUACAGUGGCUUCACACUGAAGCGCCAGAGAUAAGAACCCUAGAAAGCAUCUAAUAAUAAUGUGACCGGAGAUGGGGGACUGGAACUUAUUAGGAAGCAUUUUAGAAGAGGUCCACAUCCAUUCCACCAUUGUUGGGAAGGUAUGGCUCACCAUCCUCUUCAUUUUCCGGAUGCUCGUGCUCGGUGUUGCAGCUGAGGACGUGUGGGACGAUGAGCAGAGUGAGUUUGUUUGCAACACAGAGCAACCUGGUUGCAAGAACGUCUGCUACGACCAGGCUUUCCCCAUCUCCCUCAUCCGCUACUGGGUCCUUCAGAUCAUCUUUGUGUCCUCUCCAUCUCUGGUCUACAUGGGUCAUGCCUUAAACCGUCUGAGGACCCUGGAGAAAGAGAGGCACAGAAAAAAAGCUUGUCUUAAAGCUGAGCUGGAGGGGACAGACCCCAUCCAGGAGGACCAUAAGAGGAUCGAGCGAGAGCUCAGGAAACUGGAUGAACAGAAGAAAGUAAGGAAAGCUCCCCUCAGAGGCUCCUUGUUGCGCACAUAUGUUUUCCAUAUCUUGACUAGAUCUGUGGUGGAGGUGGGUUUUAUUAUAGGUCAGUGUGCUCUGUACGGCAUUGGGCUUUCUCCUCUGUACAAAUGUGAGAGGUUGCCUUGCCCCAACAGUGUUGAUUGUUUUGUGUCACGACCAACAGAGAAGAACAUUUUCAUGGUCUUCAUGCUGGUUAUUGCUGGAGUUUCUUUAGUCCUCAACCUCCUGGAGAUUUUCCAUCUGGGGGUGAAGAAGAUCAAACAAAGCUUGUACGGAUACAAAUAUGGAGAUGAUGAAAGUGUGUGCAGGUCAAAGAAGAACUCCAUGGCGCAGCAGGUGUGCGUGCUCUCUAACUCCUCACCACAGAGGUUGGUGCAGCUCACACAGUUAACCUGCCCUGGUUUGCCUGAUGCUCUCGGGGAGACUCAGGAGCAUACCCAUCACAACCCUGCACAGAUGUAUCUGCAAAGCCAAGCUGACAUCCAGUGUCUGCAGCAGCUGGGGGCUGUGGAGCGGCGCUUCACUCUCGAGAGCAGGAAACCCUCAUGUAGCAGCGAUGAGUCGAAUGGACGUCGCGGCUCAGGCCAGCCGCAGUAUGCAGGGCCCCGACCCACAGUGAUGGUUGGCCACAUGGAUAUCGCCGCAGCCCUGAAGAACGCGCAGAGGAAGCAGAGCAAGGUGAGUGUUUUUAAGGAGCUCAGUGACACGAGCGAUUCUCCGGAGAGCGACCACUACCCCACAGCCAGGAAGUGCAGUUUUAUGUCCAGAGGAAUGUCGGAAGUCCAGCUGGCUUCUCCAUCCGACAGCGCCGACUCUCAGAGCGGAGCAGACCUCGAGGCUCAGCACCUCAACCAGGGAGAGAGUCCGAUGGUGACCCCACCUCCAUCCAGUGGGAGGAGGAUGUCCAUGAGCAUGAUUCUGGAGCUGUCUUCAAUCAUGAAAAAGUAAAGUGCUAAGGAACAUUUUGGGUCCGAGCCAGAGGAGGAGUUAAAGGAGGGGAUUGAGGAUCCUGAUUGCAAAGCAAAUAUCCUGUCUCUCAGCUGCAGCUGUGCAUUUCCACAGUAUGUUUAUACAGUAUGUAUCGUGCAUGAGCAAAUGCUUCAGUUAAAUUUCACAGAAUGAAGAUGCCUAAUAAUUAGCUUCACACCGACGCUGUCUCCAGCAACAACUCAUAAAAUGAGGCAAAAAGUCUUGACAGAAGAUUGUAAAUACAGAUUGUGGAAUUGGUGACCACACAAAGAUGAGAGUUCUCUAAACUGGUCUUUAUGGUUUAUCAUACUGAAUGAGCUGCAGAAAAAAAGGAUAACAUUGUUUAUAAAGACGUCUGACAAAUUUGAGCUGUUAUUGCAUAUAUUUCUGGUGUCCUGUUGUUUUUUUCUAUUAAACUCU